AUGGGCCGGGACCCUCGCCCGGUCACCCUCGCGACUUGGGUGCGGGCCAGACGACGGCUGCAAGCGUCUGCGACGACGCUCCUGCGGCGCCAGCACUGGCUGCGCGCGGGGCACGCCCAGCUGAGCGCCAAGGUCCGGAAAUGGCAUGAUCCGGGCUCCCUGCCGGGCCGGCGGGCAGAGCGCUGUCGGCUGGUCAUGCAGCGGCUCCCACAGAAAACGCCGCCGCGGGUGCGUGCUGCCGUUCUGCGCACCUGGCUGAACGGAUGGUGCGCCGGGCGCCGUUUCGGUGCCCGCGGCGGCCGCUGCGCGUUCGGCUGCAGGCUGGGCGACGACGACGUCCGGCACUACGUCUGCUGCCCGAAGCUGUGGCGCUUCGGAGUGUCCAAGCUGGGCCUGGCUGACCCGGGACCCCCCGCAGAGCGCACUACCCGCGCGCUCUUGUGGCAGCCCGGAGACGGCCACGAUGGCAAAGCGCACACCACCCUCCGGCACGCGGCCGGCGCCCGCCUCAACGUCCCGAGGCUCUUCGCCGAGGUGCUGUCGCAGCUGCAGGAGCCGCGGGUCGCGGCAGGUUCCGCCAUCCACGGCGUGUGA